GGAGCCCUGGGAACAACAACAACAUCACAGCCACCGCCACCGAUCGACAUCGCUUUCGCGAAGGAACAUUGCUCGUUCUAGUAGCGUGCUUGCUGGCUUCCAACUGGCGUCUAAGGCAGAAAGGGAUCAGCAGUGCGAGGCCGAGAAAAACGUCCAACGUCCAGUCGGAGUUGCCCGUCCGCAGCACGGCGAAACUCUCCGCACUAAUGCUCUUGGAUCGCGGCUUGCGUAUGGCUGCCUACGUCGCUGUGCAGCUCUUGAAGCUUUUCAGCGGCCGAAUUGGCAGUGGACCGCAAAAGCAGGGCUUGCACACCAGGCAAGAAGGAUUGCCACAAAAGCCCGAAACGGUCACGCUGGAUAAUGGCAACUCCCAAAGGCUUGAGCGGAAGAGACCUCGCACGGAAUGUGCUCCAGGCGAACUAACCCUUUCACCAAGAGGAGCUCCGCGUCAUGUGGCGGUUAUUAUGGACGGAAAUAGGCGCUUCGGUCGAGUCAAGUAUGGAGACCCACUCAAGGGACACUCUGAUGGGGGCAAAAGGUUGGGGGAAUUCCUUGAGUGGUGUAUGGAGGCCGGGGUUGCUGUGGCGACGGCCUUUGCUUUCUCGACUGAAAACUGGAAACGUGAUGCGCACGAGGUGAAGCUACUGAUGGAUCUGGUGUGUACAUCAUGUGGUGAGCUCAUGGAAGACGCCGGAAAGAAAAAUAUGCGGAUACGUGUACUUGCAUCUGACGCAACAAAGGUAGGUGUGUUGUGUUCAGCAUCUCUGUUUGUUUCCAACAUCUAG